CCUGCGCUGUCGGGGAGAGCUUCAAGCUUCUCACCCCCCCCCCCCUUUGUUGUUGUUAUUGUUGUUGUUGCCCCUGCCGCGCCUUCACCUUCCGAACCGUUUGCCUUGUUGUCGCGUCGCAAGCAGCAAUAACCAUCAGCAGCAGCAGCAUCGGCACGGAUCAGCGAUUUUUUUUUUUAUCUCCGUCGAAUCUUCAUUGAGGCGAGCGGCGUCGUCUGUGCUGAGAUCGUGGUGCUGGUAGUGGUGGUGCUGGUGGUGGUGCUGGUGGUGCAGGAGGAGGAGGACCGGCGUUCGCAGAGAGACGACGGAGACAUCCGUUAAUCGGGAUACGAAACGUCGCUUCUGCUAAGAUUGACGCUGCGAGCCCUACCGCCCCCCCACACACACACACACCUACCAUCACCACCACCACCUCAAGGCAGCAGUAGCAGCGGCAGCAGCGGGCAAACCCACAACGAAGCAUAAGGGAGCCUCGACCACGUCGCUGCCCGGGUUCUCGGUGGAACGACGCGUUGGAGGAGGAGGAGGCGGUGGUGGUAGUUGAGGUGGUUUGUCAAGCAGCCGUAAGAAGAAGUGGUCGUGGUGGUGGUGGUUGUGCUGGGAUUCACUUCGGGUCUUGGUGCUGGAAGCCAAGAAGAAGGAACAGCGGAGGAGGGACACGCGGAACACGGCGAGAUAAACCGGGACUUGAAAUCGGAUUUGAUAUCGGAGUGAUAUUUUAAAAAACAAACCCAUUGCGGGCCAAAGCUGAAGAACGAUCCGAUCCGGAUCAGAGAGAGUUGUGUGUGUGAGCGCGUGUGGCCCAGAAUCGAAGCCAACAUCGGGAUUAAAUAUUAAAGAGGACGAACUCCAAAAAUCGUGGAGUCGAACGGACACGAAAAAACGGGGAAAAGCGAUCCCGACCCAGAGUCGGGAAGGAGCAUCGUCGACGGCGAGUGAAGAUCUGGGGACCUCGGAUUCACCGUCUCCGAGCCGGGUGGCGUGGGUAACCCGUCCCGCCACCAACACCAGAAACCCCCCACCCUCCCAUUAGCACGGUCGGACACGUACGGUGCGAAAGAAGGUCUCCGCACACAGCACAGCCAACCAAAUCGACCCACGUCGCCUCCGCCGCAACCCUCGGCGCAAGCAAACGGCUGCCGGAGAGAGAAGACGCGACCCACUUCAACCUCCACCAACACCACCCCCCACAGCCACUCCACCCCACCCCCUAGCCAGGGAGGGGUGGGAGGAGGGGGGCCGCGACCCCCCCCUCUUUUUCCGCCCCCACCACCCCCCCACCGAUCUCCGCCCCCCAUGGAGGUGGGGGAUGUCGGAGGAGCUCCGAGCGGGAAGCGAUGGAAGUGUGCCGCUUCGGGCUCUCGCUUCAAGCUGCUGCACGAGGGCGACGUGCAGGUGUGCGCCAUCCGACACGCGCGCUCCGCGGUCGUGCGCCACGGGCUCGGCUUGAGGCUGUUGCGCCGCUGGGAGGCGCACCACAUCGUGCUGGCCGACGGCAACGUGGCCUCCGUUACGCCAUGCGGGUAUCUGGCUCACCCCAUCCCCUACAGUGACAUUGAAGACAUCCAUGUGGUCGCGUGGGAGAACUCACCCAAGUACUGCCUCAAACUCACCGUCACGCGUGGCACCGUGCUGCUGCAGGCUGUGAACAGCUAUUUGAGAGACCAGUGGUACCAUUCCCUGCAAUGGAAGAAGAAGAUGAGCGACUACCGCUCGCUGCUGGGCGGCGCGAGGCGUCUCUCCGUGGUGCUGCACGAGGUGCGCGCCAUGGUGGACGCCACGCUCUGCUCGCCCUUGCAGGACGACGCCAUCAGCCAGGUCCCGCUGCACAUCGUCUCCGCCACCUUCCUGCAGAAUUCACACCUCACCACCAACGAGAUCGAUGACAUUAUUCUGGCAAUUGCUCCACUGCUGGACAAUAACCAUCCCUCUCCCGCUCUCUGUGACUUCUUUUGCAAGCACUGCGUGGCGUGCCCGCGGUCGAAGGUCGUCACUGAGGUCUUCACCCCAGUCGUGCAGAGAAUCCUCAAGCACAACGUGGACUUCCUCAAGAGCCCGUGCCUGCGCCUCUUCACGCAGGAGUUCCUCCUCGCUCUCAACGAGCUCAACGGCGGCGCGGCCGUCGUGCGCCGCUUCGUGCAGAGCAUGCACGGCCCCACGGGACAGUGUCCGCACCCCCGGGUCCUGUCCAACCUCGUGUCCGUGUGUCUCGCCGCCAUCUACUCCUGCUACGAGGAGUUCAUCAACAGCCGGGACAACUCACCGACGCUCAAGGAGAUGUGGAGCGGCUGCCAGCAGAAGGUGGACUGGAGCUACCUCCUGCAGCAGAGGCUGUGGCAGAGCGGCCUCGACUCCUCCUCCCUCGACGAGGCGACCUACGACCCGCGGAUCCGCACGUGCGUCCCGCGACCUCCGACCCCGCCGCCGCCGCCCUCCACCACCGCCUCCACCGCCACCACCGCCUCCACCGCCACCACCACCACCACCGCCACCACCGCCACCACCGGGAAGGACGCGGAUGCGGAGGCGGAGUCGCGCGACGGGCGGACGCUCCGUACGGCGGAGAUCGAGAUUCUGUUGGACGACGGAGGAGGAGGAGGAGGGGGAGGGGGGGACGGCGACGACGAGGACGACGGGACGCGGCGGAAGAGGAGGAGCGGCAGCGAGGACAGCCUCAUGGCGGCGCCGCGCUGCGCCGAGCUGAGGAUUGAGCUCGGGCCGCAGGCGGAGAGGGUGCUCUCGUGCUUCGUGGAGAUCCUGCAGACCCUCUCGGAAUACGAGGACUGGCGGCCUGCACUGGCGAGCCUUCUUCAACCCAUUCCCUUCCCCAAAGAAGCACUCGCUCAUGAAAAAUUCACGAGGGAGAUGAAGUUCGUGAUUCAGAAGUUCGCCAACGAUCCCCGGAGGGAGGUGCACUCGUGCCUCCUGGGGGUCAGAGCCAGCAAGGACGGGUGGUUCCAACUCUUCAGCCCGGGAGGGGUGGCUUGCGAUGACGACGGCGAGCUGUUUGCCACGAUGGUUCACAGCCUCAUGGCGACCUGCUACCGGACCAAGCGCUUCCUAAUGUCGCUCGCAAGCAACAAGCUGGGGCCUUGCAUGCUCCUCGCCCUGAGGGGGAACUCCACCAUGGUGGAGAUCCUGUGCCUCAUGCUGGAGUACGCCGUGAUCGAGGUUCGCGACUCCCAGCUGCAGAUCAUCUCGGCGCUGCAGAGCACGGAGGAGGGGCGGCGCGUCUACGACGAGCUGUGCGAGCGACAGCGCGAGCUACGAGAGCUGCAGAAGAAAGGGGGCCCCAUCAGACUGAGCCUGCCCACCAAGACCACGGACACGGACGUGGCGAAGCUGCUCAGCUCGGGCUCGUUUGGAAACCUGGAGAACCUGAGCCUGGCGUUCACGCGCGUCACCAGCGCCUGUGCCAAGUUCAUCAUCAAGCUGCCCGCACUCAAGCAGCUCAACCUGUGGUCCACUCAGUUCGGCGACGCCGGGUUGAUCCAGCUCUCGGAGCACCUCUCCUCACUGCAGGUGCUCAACCUGUGUGAGACUCCGGUGACGGACGACGGCCUCCUCUCGCUCACCGCGCUGGUGAACCUCUACAGCCUCAACCUGAACAGCACCAAGCUCUCGGCCGACACCUACGAAGUGCUCAAGGCCAAGCUGCCGAACCUGCAAGAGGUGGACAUCCGUUACACGGACGCUUGGUGACAGUGGGCGAGCGGGACGGGGAGGGGGGGGGAGGGUGGUGGGGGCAGGGGGGGGAUUAGUGAGAGAUAGUUCCGAUUGUGGCUUGAUGCCACGUGACUCUUUAUAAAUGUAAAAAAUAAUAUUUUUUUUCCCGUUAAUUUUAUAUUUUUUAUUUUUGCGUCACAUUCCGCUGAACAACAAAAACCCUGUGAGUCUGGUGGCGGGAGUGGCGGCGGCAGCGGUGGUGGGCACAGUAGGGGAGAACAGCCGGUGCAUCUGCCAGUCGUCAUCUCAGUCAGUCAACCCACGUCCGUCCCGUGACCUCCCGCCGGCGAGGCCUUCCGCACCCAGCCUGGCACAAGCGCCGCGGUGACGUCACCGCCACUCAGUGGCCAAUUGGCGGCUGCUGUUGGCGGUGGUGGUGGUUGUGGCGGGCGGUUUGGGCAAAGCAGUAACCGCAAAAACUCAGCACGUGUCGCGCGCCGUUGCUGCUGAUGCUCGUGCUGCCAUCAGCACCGCCAAUGCCGACAUCGUAAACCGUCUGCUGCUGAUACCAACACUGUCAUCAGCACUGCCACCAAUGCCUCUAUCGCUUCCACCACCACUACCACCAACAUCUGUAUCAUUGCUGCUCGAAAUAUCAUCAUCAUCUUCAUCAUCACUAUUAAAUAUUUUAAUCGCCACCACCAAUGCGUUUAAACGGUAUUAUUGAUCAUCAGCACCACCAACACUACCAUCAGCAGUGGUGAGCUGGUCGCCCGAGAAAAAGAGGCAGUGCUCAGUGUGGUCUCAUUGGGCCCGUAUUUAUAUCGCCUGGUUAAAUAAAGGAUGCGAAAUCAUCACCACCACCACUAAUAGUGUCAUUGGUCAGACUGAUGCCAAUGCCGUCUCACCAAUGCUAUCAUCAGCAGUGACAGUGCUACUGUCAUCUGUGCCGCCAACACUCUCAUUGGCACUGUUGUCACACAGGACUGUCACUACCACCACCACCAUCAUCGUCGCCAACGUCAUCUCUACCACCAUCACGACAACAAGACAAAGAUCUGUUGGGGCAAGCGCUGUUAUCGAGCACUUGUGAAGGCCGGCACGGCACACGAGGGGGUGGGUGGCCAGCACCACGCCCGACCGCCUUUGUCUCCCCAGUGGCGAUGUUUACACACCGCACCAGGUACUCGUUGGAGGCUGAGUCGACCUAGGAGAGGCCAAGGACCGGCUCAGAGAAUUGUUACUGGUGUUGACCGCUCCCCACGCCGCCACCAUCACCACCGCCACCAUCAGCCUCCAUCGUGAGCACUAUCAUCAUUGUCACCAUCGCCGCCACCGCCAUCAUCGCCACCAGCAAUGGUGGAAAUUCCCGGGACAAUAUCACGGCAGAGAGAUGCAGGUUCACCACGCUCACGACCGAGAUGAAUUGGGGCAUCGGAGGGCAAGGGAGAGUGGUGCGUUCGCGUGUGCGAAGAGCGUACACGCCACGCCGACGGGCACCGACGGGCACCGACGGGCACCGAACGACGGCCAAACAAGACGGCGCCGUCGGUAUUCACCGCUGUGCCGCCGCUGUUGCUGUUGCGACUGCGCCGUGCAGGUUCGGCACGAUGUCCGACGUUUCGGUCCGCGGUACCCCCCCCCCCCACCCCAAAAAAAAUUAGGUCCGAGAGCUACGAAUAGUGGUUAAGAAUUUUGUGAUUUGCAAAGAAAAAUUCUCAUCGUGACCUUAAAUGGGGGGGUGGCUGUUCAAUGUGUAGACCCCGACUCAUUCAUUACAUCUGUCCCAGGGUGACUGUGGUCAUCCGGCACACCGCAUCCAGUUUACAGCUCACCGUUCGCCACGUGCCACGUGCGUGUCAGGUGUCACGUGACAGCCGGGACAUUGCCCCCACCCGGCACGUCCCACGCCCUCGAUACCACUCGCUGUGCCCCCUCGCGACUGCCACCUGUGACCAGUUCACCUUUGACCUGUUGAGAUAUUUCCGCACCCCGGCACAUCGCGUCCAAGGUACCUCUCACUGUGGCUGGGGUUGGGGGGGGGGGGCUACCGGUCCCCCCCACGUGAACCACUACUCCGUUCCUGCGUUUGAGUGAACUUUGUUUAUUUUUUAUUUUUUCCAGGUCAGGUGGUGGCAGUGUGUACAAACCGCUGCACCACCGCUCCCGUUUUUUUCCUGUCGAAAUUAAAACACUGAACAAUUACACUGGUCAACACACUUUUGCUGGCAUAAGGUAUUCCAACGGUUUUAGGGCAAUUUUGGGGUGCUGAUUCUAAAUCUGGCAUCAGUUUUUGUCUAUCACAUCAGGUUUUUGAGAUAUCAAAUAUUGCAUUUUCAAUAAAAACUGCAGAAGAAAAAUAUUAAAUAAAUGUGGAUAUCUACAUAAAAUGAUAUUAUAAACACACUAUCCUAAAAAUACAGCACCAUAUUUUAACACUGAAGCAGUCACUGACUCGCAACAACUUGCAAUCAUAAUUGACAGAGUUAAUUUCGGGUAAAAUCAAUGAAAAUAGGGUAUGCCGAUAGCAUAAAAAUGACAUCUGAUAGAGCAAAUCUGAGAUCAGCUUUGGAAUCAGCACCCUGAAAUUAGUCUAGAACAGCUGCAAAAGUCCAGGCCAGAAAAAAAAAAUGUUUUUUUUUUUUUUGUUGACCAGUGAAAUUCUUAGUUGACCAGUUAAGGCCACAUUGAGUUAUUUGGCUCUAAUCUCGAUUUGAAGUUUUCGUGACGGCAGAGAUCCAUACUCUUUGGUUCUUUCGGUAAAGUCACGUGGGUAUAAAAUAAAAUAAAUUAAAUCACGACGUGUCGAUUGCAACACAAGCAAUCAUCAUCAGGUGGGAAAACCACGGCAAGAAUUGUUUUUUUAUUUGGCUCUAUUUCAGAAGCUGUCUGGCUGCCACGAAUUAUAUCUCGACCAAGUGGGCUUAUCAUCAAGCGGAAAUUGAUAGCAGCCAACUACUCUUUAACGCGAAAUGUUGAGUCUAAUUUCGGAAGGCAAAAACCGCGGGACCUGGAGAAAAAUCCACGCGAUCACGGGGAGAGAGAGAGAGAUAUUCAAAACUCCACAUAUACAGCAGGCGUCAGGGUCGGGAUCGAACCCACGACCUCUUGUAUACCAGGCGAGGUAGUUAACAUCUCACCACCAUGGCACGUUAAUCCACACAUACCUUUCAAAUACCUCUCGUGACACCAGGUGGCAUAAAAGCAAACCUGGCACGAUUGUUCAUUCCUCUCCUGUGCUUUCUUCGCUGUAUUUAUUAUUAUUAUAUAUAUUAAAUAAACAAACAAAAAAGUAUAAUGCGUAAUAGUUAAGUCAAGGUUUUAGCUAUCGUUAACAUUUUUUUCAAGGCGACUUAUAGAAUUCGUAGCAGAUAUUGCCAAACGCAGGAAGUGCAAUACCCGUGAACCACGCUCGUGGCCUGCAUCGCGCAUUUAUCGACGGAACUGGCCCAUAUUUUAUAUCCGAUACCCAACUUUUUUCCACUGGCACAUCCGAGGCGAGCCAGCGGGGCUUGGCCCUCGCGGUUUCGGGCGGGGUGUUUUUUUUCUUUUUCCACUGGACAUUUGCCAACCUGAGCCAUAACCCAACCGCGAUGCCACGCCAGCCUGACAAAGAAGACGUUCGAUCAGCGCGGUUGAGUACGUAGGGCGCGAAAGAAGUUCAACGUACGUACGCGCGCAGCAUACGUCUGAAUCUGGCUUGGGGCCAAGCAGGGCCAGGUACGGGGUUAACAGCCCGUCGGCUGCGCGUUACUCGGUACGCCCGUGUGCGGACACAGCAUUGCCGAGUUGCCCACACGCGUUUCCACUCGCUCGCUCCCCGCGUGCGGCAUCGGCGGCACGGCUUCUGCGGUGGAUAUAAACGAUGCCGGCCGCCAUCCUGAGCCGCUGUCGGGCUGGCUCGGCUCGGUUGUGCGGUGGAAAAGACGAGAGGUGUGCCGGGCGUUAAGCGUGAUGUCGAGACCGUGUCCCCAAAAGGCCUACCUUAGCUUUGUUCGAAUUUGCGCACAGGUGCCCAUCAAGGUGUCAUUCGCCGUCAAUGUGUUUCUCAUUGGGACGCAGUUUGAGCUACGGUUGGUUGAAAGCGUGGUCCCCGCUUUUUUUUAUUUAUCUGAAAAAAAUUGGACCGAUGCACGGAUGAUAAUGCGUUUUUUAAAAUAAUUUCGAAAUUAUGACGUCACGGGAAAUGACGUCACCUAUCAAUGAAGAAAGGCCAUUACGCGAAACGUCAGUUUUAUAUAAAAAUGUGAAAUUCCACACAGUUAUUGACGAAUGUACGCUUUACGAAUUUUUUAACAACGCAGUUCCAACCGCUGUCUUAAGUAGAAUUAUUCAACGUCUGGAUGAUACCUUGUUGACACCCUAUAUCAUUGCCGUGUGUGUGUUUCAUCAUCAUCAACAGCAGCGGCCAUGCCCAAUCCACUGCUAGAUGAAGGCUUCUCUCGCAAGCCACCAUCACCGCCAUCUCUCAUCACGAGUGUGCCAAUCCACCGGGCGCUGGCUCUCCACACUCACCACUCACCGCCCACUCACCAACUCACUCACCCACUCACCCACUCACCAACUCACUCACCGCCCACUCACCACCCACCCACUCACUCACCCACUCACCACCCACUCACUUACCGCCCAUUCACCACCCACUCACUCCCCCACCCACCAACUCACUCACCGCCCACUCACCACCCACCCACUCAACACCCACCCACCCACCCACUCACCCACCCACUCACCGCCACC